AUGGCACUUAAGAAGAGAGCAAGAAUAGGCCAAGGAGCCAACGCCGCCUUAGGAGUGGCAGUUGACCCUUUAUUUGAGGAAGCGGGUGAACACCCGAGGGGUGAAGAUAAUCCCCUGACUGCUACACUACCUGAUUCCACUAUACCAGCCCAGGCCACACCAGUUCCUACACCUACUGAAGGUGCGACGGUUCCUCCACCUGAUAUUCUGAUUCCACCUCUAGCCUCAGCUUCCGGCUCUGACAUGAACUAUGGGAAAAUGGUAGCAUUUUCUCAAGCUACAGAGGACCGCAAGUUAAAGAACAUGAGGGAGCAAGAGGGUACCAGUAAGGCCCGGUCCGCGGGCAACUUUGAGGAGUCAUUUAGUGGGGGAAGAUCAGCUUUUAGGGGAGGGUCAUCAGGGCCAACCCAAUCUCAUGCUCAGUCUUCAGCCAGUGCACUGCCAGCGGGGCACAGUCAGCAGCAGGGGAGCCGCUUCAAGCCCAAUCAGGGGCAGCAGGGGACCCACCAUCAUGGCCGAUCAGGAGGGAGGGGUCAUAUUCAGAAGGAGUGUCGUUCAUCCUGCCAGGGUGCGGGCCGGGGCAUAGCACAGCCAUCCAGUUCUGUAGCUGCUACAUCUUCAGCACCCCCUCCAGCUUGA